AUGGCAGCUCCAAGCAACCGUAAACCGUCACCGGACUUCCUGAAAGACUUGGAUUGGAACAAGUUCGAAGCAGCUGCCGUACCCUUGGCACAGCUCUACAACCCACCGCAGCUGGUCAGCAGCUGUACCGGAUUUGGUGCUCGCCUCUCCAUGUGCAUCAACAGCCUCUUUACUCAUCGGGCGCCUAUCUGCGCGAAGCCAGUGAUUCCGUGCUGUUGUGCAAAGGCUGUGCAGUCCCGGAUCACAGAUUUGGCGACAGUGAAGCUUUCCGAUCCAGACGACUGGUUUGUGAAGAUGCUCAGCGUUGAGCACCCCAACACUCCGGAGUUCAUGAAGGGGCUCUUUUGGAUGGAGGACAACUAUGCACCGGAAGUGCUGUUGACAUUUCAAGAUAUGGACUGGGUCUCGGGAAAGCAAGGAUACUUCAUGCCGAAGUAUAGUUGGACGAAUGAUCCAUCUUGCAUUGGAACAGUCUGCUUGUGCAACAAUUUCAACGGCUCUCCAGCUUCUGCAUGGCCGUUUAGUGUUUCACCAAACGACAGGUGGAUCAACAUCGACCCACAAUGGAUCUACAGGCCUGCAGAGGGCGAGAAGAUCACGCGACCAGAUGGUUCUGUCGUGGAGAUGGCGGAAGGGGACAUGAUUCGAAUGGGUUUUCGCGACAAUACUGAUCCGACAUCAGGAGUGACCUAUCAGUACCUCGUACGCCGUGUAGCUUACAUGCAGAAUGGUAAACUCAUCAAGACGAAGAACUAUGAUGAGCUCCGCCGGAGGGCAACAAUGCCGGACACAAUUGGUGGCUGCUGUGGUGGCUACUACAACUGUUCGGCCGUGGGGGCGAACUACAUCUUCGACGCUUACGAGCCAUUGUCAGAUGAGCAGGUACUCCUUUUCCCCCCGCCCCUGGAAGUCAUGUGGCCUGACAGUGUGAUCCCGGAUGCUGUACCUGCCAAACGCUGA